AUGAGAAGAAGACAGACCAAUGUGGGUGGGCACGAGCAUUGGCCCGCGCAUGCCCGCAGCCAACCGUCACAGGUGACCAAGGACGGUGUUACUGUGGCCAAGGCUAUAGAGUUCAAGAACAAGCUCGUAAAUGUGGGAGCUUCGCUGAUCAAACAGGUCGCCUCAAAGACAAACGACCUUGCCGGCGAUGGCACGACAACGUCGACAGUGCUUGCUCGUGCAAUCUUCCGAGAAGGCACAAAGGCCGUCGUGGCUGGAAUGAACCCAAUGGAUGUCAAGCGAGGAAUUGAUUCCUCGGUCAAGAUCGUCUUGGAGGAUCUGGAAAAGCGAGCGACUGACAUCUCUUCUCCCAAGGAGAUUGCACAGGUAGCCACCAUCUCCGCAAAUGGCGAUGAUGUGAUCGGCAAGAUGGUCGCAGAGGCUUUCGAAAAAGUUGGCAAGGCGCCGAAGUGGCUCCACUUCCACAUGCCGCGAUGA